GGCACCCACGGCACCACGCGGUCGAGUUGCUUGGCAAGCCCGUGCCCAAGACGUCUAGGCGUCAUGCUGAGACAGCCGGGACCGGGACGGGCACGAGGCGGAUGCCUCUGGACAGAAACGACGGCCCCCCCCACCUCAGUCCAUCCUGGCCGACGACGACCGUCAACCGACAACAUGCCUGAGGAUGGGGAUGGCCUCGGGUCAGAGAGCCCUGCCUCGCUCAAGGACUUUCUCGCCUCCAUCGCCCCCAUCAAGGGCGAUCUCUCAAACAUCACCGCCCCGCCCUUUGUCCUCGACACAAAGUCCGUGGUCGAGCUGCCUGCCUUCUGGGCCCAGCGGCCCGCCCUGUUCGUCGCCGCCUCCGCCUCCCCGGACCCGGCCAAGAGGGCCUUGUUGGUCCUCCGCUGGUUCUUGUCCUCGCUCAGGGACCAGCAGUACGGCGGCCGCCACGACGGCGACGGCGACGGCGUGAGGAAGCCGCUAAACGCCUUUCUUGGCGAGCUCUUCCUCGCGAGGUGGCACGACCCCAGCGGCGAGACAACCUUGGUUGCAGAGCAGGUCUCCCACCACCCGCCCGUCACCGCCUGUCGCGUCUGGAACGAACAGCACGGCGUCUUCGCAGAGGGCUUCACGCGCCAGGAGAUCACCCUCGGUCUUGGGAGCAUCACCAUCAGGCAGCUGGGCCAUGCCUUGCUCACCCUGAGGGACCACGGCGGCGAGACUUACCUCAUACCACUCCCCGACGUCAAGGUCAGGGGGCUCCUGUCUGGCCUCGCCGGCACCUACCCUGAGCUGGAAGGCACCUACACCAUCCCCUGCACCUCUGGCUUCUACUCGGUCAUCGAGUUCAGUGGCAAGUCCCUCCUGAGCACCGCCGCCAAGAACCAGGUGUCGGCCAGGAUUUUCGGCCCCGGCCUGGACACCGCCGCAGGACACGAACCCCUCUACACCGUCGCAGGCCACUGGAACGAGGCAUUCACCAUCUACAACGGCGCCAGUAUGUCCAAGGAGGCCUCUAUCGAGACCGUCGUGAUCCGCGACCUGCCCACCACACCAAUGGAGCUUUUUGAACCCGACCUGGAGGCCCAGGACCCUUGGGAGUCCAGACGCGCCUGGAAGCACGUGCGCGAUGCUCUGCAGCGCGGAGACAUGGCGGCUGCAGCCAGGGCCAAGUCAGCCAUCGAACAAGGGCAGCGCGCUAUUCGCAAGGAAGAAGCGCGGGAAGGACGCAAGUGGGAGGCUCUGUUCUUCAGGCCCGAGUUCGAAGACGGCUUGGCGACGGGGCUGUAUCGCAGCAUUCUCAAGGAGCUCAGGCCCGAAGACACCGUCGCUCUCUGGAAAUUCAACAUCGAGUCAUGGACCAAAGGCGUCCAAAAACCAUUCCAUGGCCACCUGCUGCCCGACAAUGCGACUGCGCCCGCCCCGAUCUCUGUUGCGAGGCGUAACAUGUCUUCGGACCUGGACGAUACCAGUCUGGCAUCACCAGCAUCAUUCAAGACAGCACCCGAGUACAUCGUGGCUGCGGGUGGCACGCAGAACGGAUCUGACUCGGAGCGGGAACACACAGUCCACCGCACGCCCCCGAAGAAAUCCAUUCCGCCUGUCAACUCUGCGCGGCAGAGCGUCGAGCAGGGUAGCGGGGCCUUGACUCCUUCAACCCCCUCUGUUUCCCCGUCUACAAGGGGCAAGCGCCAGCGUGCGAGAGAUUCCGUUGGGAAAUUCAGAAAGUCCCUCUCGUCCGGCCUCUCGAAAAUCGCAAGCCCUGUACGCUCAGCCAGUGAAUCUAAGCAGGCCGACACUCACAAGGGCGGGGUUGUUGAAGGGUAGUUGGGACCUUGGACACAAUGUGGGUGGUUUUGCUUCUAUAAAUCCCACAUAUAUAAAGUAUAUGCGGUGCCUUCAUACAGCGAUGGACAUUCGAAUACUUUGACAAAAAGGAAAACAUUGUCGGUGUCUUCUCGGAUUUGACGGCACUCCAGAGAAAUAUCUGUUUGCUUUCCUUUCCUUUGAUUAAUUUUCCUAUAUGGAUUUUUCUUGUUACGGUUGGGCUUUUGGGGGG